AUGCCGGCAACCCCGCCGAAGGCAGCCCGAGGGGGCCGCCCCCCCCUGCCCAAAGAGGAGGAGGUCGGCGUGAGGAAGAGCCAUGUGAAAAAUAAGGAAGUCAACAGCCAGGGUAGCCUUGGGCUGCCCUUGCGCUUGGAUUCCUCUUCACCGGACACCUCGUUGCUCUCGGGGAAUGCCUCCACGCCAGACACAGAGGGGUGGCCUCCGCGGCGGCACGUGCGCUAUGAGAGUGUUCCUGUGGACAUCGCACAGGCAGCCACUGUGGCUGCCUGUCGACGGGAGUCUGAGGUGGCCACCAAUUCGUGGCCCUUGACUUCGCCCAGGGACGAUGAGUCCAAGCGGCACUUGACCAUGUUCUUCCUGGAUCCUGCGCAACUCUUAGCUGAUAUCAAGGCAGACGAGAAGGAGGUGGCCCUGGAAGAUGAUGAUGACACUGAGUCGAAGAUCGAGGAGGAGAAGGACACCACCGGCGACGCAGCGACCGCCCGUUCCACGGGUGGGUCGACGCCGAGCAUCGCUGGGGAGGCGGCGAAGCGGUCCAAGGUGCGCCGCGACAACGAAUACAUCCAGGUGGCCGUUCGGAUCCGGCCCUUCCUCCAGCGGAACGAGGAGCGCCACGAGCGGAACAUCCUCUCCGUGGAGGACCAGCAGAUCACCGUGGAGACCCGCUGCCCUGAGCGGAAAAACUCGGCCUGCGAGAGCCCCUUGCAGGCUCAUCGCGACACCGGGACACGCACCUUCAAGUUCGAUCACGUCCUGGACUCCCGUGGACGCCCGGGCGAUCCGGGCUUCGCCUCGCAGGAGGCGGUGUUUGAAACCAUCGGCCGACGCAUCGUGAGCUGCGCUUUGGAUGGUUACAACGCUUGCUUGUUUGCAUAUGGCCAGACGGGUGCUGGCAAGACACACACGGUCUUGGGCGACGUGCACAGCCCCCAGCGCCGUGGCUUGCUGCCGCGGGUGCUUGAGGGCCUGUUCGCGGAGCUCGCCGCGAAGACGCGGGCGAUGACCGGCGAGGAGGGUGCGGAAGGGCCCAAAAGCUCCUUGCAGAUUUCCUACUUGGAGAUCUUCAACGAGCAGAUCCACGACCUCCUAGUGCCACCCAAGGUCGGCGAGCCACGCCAAGCGCUGCAGGUGCGUUACCACCCGUCUUUGGGCGUGAUGAUCAAUGACUUGACCCAGUCCAACGCCUCCACCAUCGACGAGGCCAUGGAGUUGGUGAACUUCGGCACCAGGAUGAGGAGCAUCGCCUCGACCUCCAUGAAUCAUCGCAGUAGUCGCGCGCACACGGUCUUCACCUUCCGCUUCGAGCAAACGAGCAAGGACGGUGAGACGCAGAUGGCUCAGGUGCAGCUCGUGGACUUGGCGGGGCGCGAGCAGGAGAAGAGCAGCGUGGACAACAAAGACCGACUCAAGGAGCGGCAGUUCAUCAACACGUCUUUGUUCCACCUCUCUACCUGCAUCAUCAACCUGGCCAAAGCCUCCUCCAAGGGCCGCAAGAUGAAAAAUCUUCCCGACGUGCGCAACUCACGGCUCACGCUACUGCUGGCGCACUCGCUCACGGGCAACUCACGGACCGGCAUGGUGGCCGCGGUCUCGCCCGCCAGUGGCGACCUCGAGGAAACGAUCAGUACAUUACGCUUUGCUGAUAUGGUGAAGCAAAUUCGGACGACCGUGACCAGCAACCGAGUGAACAAGGCGAACCUCAUCAAGCAACUGCAGGAGGAGAUUGCACGACUCAAAUCGCAGAUGGAGAUGAACCAACGGUGGAAUGCGGAUGAGCAGAUCGCACAGCUGGAAGCAGUGAUCGCACACUUCAAGGACGCUCUGGAGCAGGAGAAAAGCCGCUCGCAAGCCUUGGCCAUCGAGCGAGCUGCCUGCCUCAAGGAGAUGGGCCUCAGCGUGAACACCGAAGGUGUCAGCGUGGUCGUCGGUUCGGAUAAGGAUGGCGUACCCUAUUUGGUGAAUCUGUCAGAGGAUCCCUAUUUGCAAGGCUGCCUCAUGUAUUUCUUACCAGGACCGGAGGUCACCAUCGGCUCCUCCGAUGGCAACAAGGUCCGCAUGAGCGGCUUGGGGAUGAAGCCCUACCACUGCAGCAUUUGCAAUGAGGGCAACCGACGGCUCACUCUCCAACCUGCUCCAUGUAUCGAUGAGAAGGACUUCCCACGGGUCUUGCUGAACGGUCGCCGUGUCACUGAGAAGGUGGAGAUCCAACAUCAGGACCGGCUGAUUUUCGGCCACGCCUGGGCUUUCCGCCUCGCCGUGCCCCUCACAGCCAGCGAGCUCCGCGCCAGCUCGAACGCCGAGAACGAGCGAGCGGGCGGGGCGGACAAUCAGGCGGAGUUGGACCAGGCGCUGGCUGAGAUUGAAGAUUCCUCGAGCCAAUCCUUUCGGCACCUCAGGAAGUACGUGGACGACCUGCAGCGCUGUGCAGGUCCCGAGGAGGCCAAGCACUUCGUGGGCACCCUUCAUCGGACCGUGCCCUUGGUCGACGAAGCCAACCAGAUCACCCGCGAGGUGGGGAUGGACAGCUACUUUGAGCUCCAAGUGCUCACCGACCUGUGGUCCGCCCAAAACCUCCCGGAGAUGGUUGUGGCAGUCUUGAACAACAGCCGAAAGCCAUCCAUCAGUGAGCCUGACGUGGCCGCACCUCCUUCCGCGCUGCCCACGGAUCGCUCGUGCGCGCUGACCGAUCGGGCGGCCGCGGGGGUGUGGCAGACGAGGGGGAGAGGCGACUUGAAGUUUGUAUGGACCUUCAACAAGUUCCUCAAUCGACUCCAGGCCAUGCGCGACAUCUACCAAGAGAUGUGCAAUUCGAGUGAUCGGGGGGCGCUUCUGCAACGCUUGGAGAAGGAACCGUUCUCCAAUCCGUGGCUGGAAUUCGAAGAUCACGAGAUCCGGAUGCUGAUCCUUGCCAUGAAGCCCAGCCUCUCUGGGAGUCCUGCGGCCGAGGCACGCAAUGUCUUGGGCUUUCCCUCGCCAGGAGUGGAGGCCCGCUUGAUGCUCCAUGGCUACAAGUCUGGAACCUUUGGAAAGUCCAUCAGCGAUGCCUCCUUAGCCCCGGGCGCGUUGGAUGCCAAAAGCGACGAGUUGCUGGCGAAGAGUCAGAUGCUGAUGUUGGAAGGAUACCAAGCCCUGCUGCAGCAGAAUCCUGCUCGCCUUAGUAACCGCUCUGUAGUGAUCGAGCAUUUGGACCCGGAAGAGGAGAGCCGAAUGCAUGAGCUGGAGAUGAAGGUCGAGGAGGGAAUGGAGAAGCUGCAGAAGUAUUGGGGGCGCCGCGAGAAUCCCUCCGUGGCCUCCUCCUACUUCGUGCAUGAGAAAUCCUCGAAGACCAGUGCCUACGACAGCCGCCACUGGGGUGCCGCGCCGGGUGCCGUGGAGGACGCCGAGCACGACGCCAACUCUUUGUGCUCGGAGGAGAACAACUGGGGCAUCGAAGGCGGACCUUUGGAGGGCGACCACAGCUCCCACGCGGUGGGUCGCGACGCUGCACGGUGCUUGGUGAGACCGCCGACGAUCGGGGACGCAUUGACCAGAGAGGAGGCUCUCCAUGCUGUAGCGGUGGAAAAUGCCUUCCUUGAGCGAGAAGUGGAACGGCAACAGGCUGAAAUCGAGGAGCUCAAAAAACGCCGCUUCACCGCCGCUCACCGCGGCGCCCACUCGCCGCGCUCGCCGCUGACGGGGCCUGCAGCGCCCCCCUCGCGGAGCGGGUCGAAGACCAGUAGCGUGUCCCCUGCAGCGCCCCGCACGAUCCCCUGCCGGUUCAUUUCCUUAGCCUCUGCGCCCACGCCACCUGCACCGUGCACGACGCCACAAACGACGCCGCGCACAGAUCCACGGCAGCUUUGUGCCUAUUUGCCCUCCCAAAGCUGUUCAAGCUGGGUCUAUGCUGCCCCAGCGCCUGAACCUCUCACUCCGCGCGUCAGUGUCCUACACCUGCGGUCUCCGGCCAAGCCCAACAUCCGUCCAGCCUUCCUCUCGGGCUGCUUCUGGGCGCUGGGCUUUGCGUGCUUUGCCAAGUCGCUGGACGAUAUCGGCUAUACGGCCACCUACAUGCUCAGUGUCAUUGGCCCUGUGCUGGUGUCACAGCUGAUCUCAGUCUUCAUCUUCAAGGAGAUCCAGGCUGCAGUCGUUUGCGUGUCGUGUAUGCUGGUCGAUGCAGUUGGGAUACCACGCAGCUACGCUGGUUUGCAGCUUCCUGUGUGGUCCAGGCUUUCGGGCUCUCCUGCAUCGUCCUGGGAACCUGAGCAGACCUCGACGGCGAGGUCGUUGCGUCAAAAGCAUGGUUACAAGGAUGCGAUCAUGAUCCACACGAACCGUGUGCAUCGCAACAAGAGAUCGAUGGCCCUGGCAUCUGCCCCGCUCAAGAGGUUCUACAAGUACCUCCUGAAGCGUGUGAUCGGCAGUUUUCUGAAGCGAGAUAUCGACCUCGAUCAGCUCGAAGUACAGCUUUGGUCGGGCCAAGUGCAGCUGAAAGGCCUGGAAUUAGAUGUCUCUUCCCUCAAUGCCUUGGGCCUUUCUUGCACGGCGGCCAACCUCGGCUGCGUGAAAAUGGUGGUUCCCUGGAGACGAUUGGUCAGUGACCAUUGCAAGGUGUACAUCAGUGGCUUGCACCUCGUUUUCGCCCAGGCGGAUCACUGGAAGGCACCCUCGCCCGAUGAGCGCAGUCCACCCGGAUUUUUUGCAGAUGCACCACGGACCGAAGAAAGCCGGUACUCGGAGGAGGGCAUUGAGACCUUGUCGCGCCUGGUGCGGGCUCCCUUGCGGAAUGGGAAGCUGCCUGUAGACACCAUGAUGAAUCUGAAUGCAAUUGAAAUUAUGUUGGCUGCAGCUCGACCUCGGCAAAUGCCGCAUGAGCAGAAUGAGACCCCCGUCACGUCCGGUUGGUAA